AAAUUCAAAAAACUUCUCUAAGCAAACAAACCUUCAGCACAGAUCAACUUCUGACACCAUGGCCUGCUGCGCUACUAGCUUCUGUGGCUUUCCCACAUGUUCCACUGGUGGCACCUGUGGCUCCAGCUGCUGCCAGCCCAGCUGCUGCCAGCCCAGCUGCUGCCAGCCUAGCUGCUCCCAGUCCAGCUGCUGCCAGCCCAGCUGCUGCCAGUCCAGCUGUUGCCAGCCCAGCUGCUGCCAAUCCAGUUGCUGCCAACCUUGCUGCUCCCAGACCAGCUGUUGCCAGCCCAGCUGCUGCCAGCCCAGCUGCUGUGGAACUGGCAGUGGCCAGGAGGGUGGCAGUGGAGCCGUGAGCUGCCGUGUUAGAUGGUGCCGCCCUGACUGCCGCGUGGAGGGCACCUGCCUGCCCCCCUGCUGUGUGGUAAGCUGCACACCCCCAACCUGCUGCCAGCUGCACCAUGCCCAGGCCUCCUGCUGCCGUCCAUCCUAUUGUGGACAGUCCUGCUGCCGCCCAGCCUGCUGCUGCUACUGCUGCCCACCCAGCUGCUCUGAGUCUAACUGCUGUGAGCCUACCUGUUAAGACCCAGGUUGCUGAUUCCCAAAGGAUCUUGAAUUUUGAUAUGGCUUGUGUUUGGGGCACAAAUACUUGGCCUUACUAAACAUUUUUUUCCAUCUAAUACUGGAAAGGCUUUGAUAUCCUCUAUGAAAAUAAUAAAAUACAAACUUGAUCCCCAAACAAGAAAAUCAAUUUACCUUGGGAUUGUCCCUAUUUUCCAAGGCUUGGUGCUGUCAAGGCCAUGGAAGAUUCUUCUACACGAAGAUAGUUUUCAUUCUUCUUCCAUUGUUCUGUAAAUUCCUCUUAUAAAUGAAGGCUAAUGUAUCCAAAAUAAUAAAUUAUAUCUGUUGGCAUAUCAAAA